CCGGGUCUUACUUUUUCCGGGUCAAUGGCUGCGAACAACCUCCUUUGCUCGUGCUAAAGGCUAGUUAGUGUUUUAAGCAACGAGAGGAGCUGACUAUAUCCUCGAAUUAUCGCCAUAAAGCAUUUCGCUCCAUUUGUGGCUUUAGUGCAUUCACCUCCACACAUUUAAUGGCUAUGACGGAGCCGCGCAAUCCAGGGAUGACCUCCCAUCCUGCGGCGGCCCCAGUGCACUCUGACCCCACAUGCCUCACUGUGGACAUAGACCCAGUGGAGUACACCCUUCGCAAACGACUCCCUCGUAAGCUCCCAAAGCGGCGAAACGACGUGUACGUUAACAUGAAGACGGACUUUCGGGCUCAGCUGGCUCGCUGUCAGAAGCUGCUGGACGGCGGCGGCCACCGGGAGAUCUGCGUUCACGGCCUGGGCCUGGCCAUCAACAGGGCCAUCAACAUUGCGCUGCAGCUGCAGGCUAGCAGUCAGGGAGCGCUGCAGUUGGCCGCCAACACCUCCACGGUGGAGUUGGUGGACGACCUGGAGCCUGAGGAUCCGGAUGAGGCCGGGGAGCCCAUGACACGCACACGCAACAACUCUGCCAUCCACAUCAAGGUUUUCUACCCUGACCCCCAGUGACUGCAAGAGUGUGGUUCCCUCAACAACAACCGCAUGCGUGUGUUUGUUCGUAUAAACUGUUAUUGUAAUGCUUUGACAUCCUUGGAGGGCGGAAUUUAUCAUUUUGCAUGUUUUACAGCACAGUGUAAACACCUGCAGGUGACUAUUGUGUAUACACUACAGGUCACGAGUUUUAGGACACUGAACAGGUAUGCUACUAGUUGGUCAAGGGUGCCCAACCCUUUCCUACCUUUUUGAUUUAUUUAUUUUAAUAUUUUAAACAGUCGUGUUAUUAGUAUUAUAAUGUAAACCUUUUCUUGUUGCGUUGUGCUGUUCUACACUUUUUUUAAGGUUUGUUGUUCCCUCCCUCUUGUUUAAUUGUAGUUGUAGAAUAUGCCGUGGGCCAAUUAAAAACAAGCUUUGUGUCACAAACAGCCCCCAGGCUGCACUUUGGAAACCCCUGGCGUAGUUGGACGGGUUAAUUUACUGUAUAGCGAGUUAACUCAAAUGGCCCAAAAUGUAAAUCCAAGCUAUGCCAGGAAAAAGAAGAUGGUAAGCAACAUGAAAUAGACAGCAUGAUCUUUUUCACACCAGACACAUCUUGUUUCUUUUCUCGGGUAGUUCUGGUAUAGCUUGGAUUUAAAGUACAGUCAUGGAAAAAAUGAUUUAGACCACCAUUUUUUCUUCAGUUUCUUGGUCAUUUUAAUGCCCGAUGCAACUAAAACUACCUUUUGUUUGGGCAAAUGCAACGAUGACAACAAAAGUAGCUCGUAAGAGUUAAAUAUUUUUGGCAGUACAGUGCUAUAGCUAUUCAUGUAAGAACGUAAGUGAUUUAUGUUAUCAAGAAAACCAUGGAAGUUGCUAGAUAUCAACUCUUAACUUAAACUCUUAUGAGCUAUUUCUGUUAUAUUUGUCCAAACAAAUGUACCAGGCAUAAAAAUGGAUCAAUAAACUGAAGAAACAAAGGUGGUCUCUUCAUUUUUUCCCAUGAUUGUACAUUGUGGGUUGUAAUCUUGCGCUCAGAUGAACCCCUGACCAAGUAGGCACAUACCCGAGGGUACAGCGUGGCACUGCACAAUGCUGUUCUAGCCCUUUUGGUUCAGGGUGUCAAACUUUUGACUGGUAGUAUAUACUGAGACUGUAUAUACAAGCACGUUGUAUAUACCUGUAGAUCCAGGCUGGUGUAUAGACUGUCCACUAGAUGUCAGUAGAUAGACCCUUGUUUCCCAUCUUUUCACACAAUUGACAUUUGAAUAUGGAUAUUAACUUACAGUGCUGUAUUGUCAAUGGCACCUGUACGAUUAUGAUGCCAUCUAGGCACAAAUAAAGUUUUCUGUCAUGUAUACGUUCAUUUGUGGUGAUGUUGCUGCAAACAUUGGAUGCUGCAUGGUGGCUCAGUAUGAAAGCGGCCUUUUAUUUUGGGGUCAGAGCUAUGCAAGCUCUGCGGUUUAUGCCGCCGACCGGAAGACAAGCGGAGACAAGGACAGACUGGUUGUUUCUAUCCUUUCUUCAUCCGAGAGUAAUGCUUUGUAUUUAAAUAGCAAAUUAUACAGUGAUUGAAUGCAACACGAAAACAGGAAAGGAGAACAUGUGCAAACAUCCUCAAAGCCAUCGUUCACUUGCGCAACAAGUUACAAAGGAGGAAAACAACAAGGAAGAAAACUCGACUAGUUUGGAAUAGCUCAACUUCCAUUUUCUCGAAAUGACGCAAAUUCCAGGGGACAGUUUGCUUUCCUUUGCACGCUUGCGAAAUGAAGACAGUAAAGUGUAUGUUUGUGGAAACUGUUUGCAAUGGCCUUGCAGGAUGUUUUGUUUCUUUUUUGUAGGCUAUCAGCGCACUGGCUCUGCUUGAUUGUUAGCUGGACCGAUAAUGACAACAGCGCAACUUCACAGUUCUCAUGUCCUCCACAAUGACCUCUUGCUCGGAGAACAUACAAAACAAAGUGAUUUUUUUAUUUGAUUUUUUUUUUUACUAAAGUCUGAAAGAUGGACACUGAAAAAUACAAAGCUAAAAAGUAGAA